UCUGUUUUCUCCAGCGGAGGGCACUCAGUGUAUCACAAACUCAAGCAUUAGCACCAACAAGCUCUGAGCAUCAUCAGUCUCUGGAAAGCCUUCUGAAUUAGACAAGGGCUGCCUCUCAGCACAGCUACAAAACACUUUAAACCUGACCAGCUAAAUGGAUAAACCUAGCCUGCAUAGCUUUUAAACUGGGGUCUCAUACAGCACAGGAGGCCUGCUUGCUUCAAGAACUGAAAAUCCAGAGGAUGAAUUGCUUUAUCUGGGAAUGGCAAAAGCCAGCACAAUAAGGAAUGCCAGGUAUUCUGAAGAUUUUAUUUUUUUCCUCUCUUUUCACAGAGAAGUUGGUUACCUCCGAGAUGGGGCUGUAGCUCUUUUGCACAGAUUGCCAAUUACUGCUGAUGGGUCUCUGGUGAAUUACACAAUGGUCCUCAGAGCCUAGAGGCCCUCCCCCCUUAGCCCCCCCCCCCCCAACGGCUUCCUCCUCCCUGCCCCUUCAUCCCACCCCGUGCUGAUUUUUUUUUUAAUAUAUAUGUAUAUACAUAUUUUUUUGCCUGUCUUCUCCGGGGAAGUUUGUAUGGGGCUACUAGCUCACAUGCGGGAUCAGAAUGGUGUGAAUGACAGCCGCAUGAAGGUGGUGGUGAUUUCAGCACGAGAGACCAAAUAAGAAGAAAGCUGAGAGAGGGGGGAAACGUUUUUGGAUGACAAAGGAUGGGUUUCCAUUUAAUUACGCAGCUGAAAGGCAUGAGUGUGGUUCUGGUGCUACUUCCUACACUGCUGCUUGUUGUGCUUACGGGGGCUCAGAGAGCUUGCCCGAAGAACUGCAGAUGUGAUGGCAAAAUUGUGUACUGUGAGUCUCAUGCUUUCGCAGAUAUCCCUGAGAACAUUUCUGGAGGGUCACAAGGCUUAUCAUUAAGGUUCAACAGCAUACAGAAGCUCAAAUCCAAUCAGUUUGCCGGCCUUAACCAGCUUAUAUGGCUUUAUCUGGACCAUAAUUACAUUAGCUCAGUGGAUGAAGAUGCAUUUCAAGGGAUCCGUCGACUCAAAGAAUUAAUUUUAAGCUCCAACAAAAUUACCUAUCUGCACAAUAAAACAUUUCACCCAGUUCCCAAUCUCCGCAAUCUGGACCUCUCCUACAAUAAACUUCAGACAUUGCAAUCUGAACAAUUUAAAGGCCUUCGGAAACUCAUCAUUUUGCACUUGAGAUCUAACUCACUCAAGACUGUGCCGAUAAGAGUUUUUCAAGACUGUCGGAAUCUUGACUUUCUGGAUUUGGGGUACAAUCGUCUUAGAAGCCUAUCCCGAAAUGCUUUUGCUGGCCUUUUGAAAUUAAAGGAGCUCCACUUGGAGCACAACCAAUUUUCCAAGAUCAACUUUGCUCAUUUUCCACGUCUCUUCAACCUCCGUUCCAUUUACUUACAGUGGAACAGGAUUCGCUCAAUUAGCCAAGGCUUGACAUGGACUUGGAGUUCCUUACACAACUUGGAUUUAUCAGGGAAUGACAUCCAAGGAAUUGAGCCGGGCACAUUUAAAUGCCUCCCCAAUUUGCAGAAAUUGAAUUUGGAUUCCAACAAGCUUACCAACAUCUCACAGGAAACUGUGAAUGCGUGGAUAUCAUUAAUAUCCAUUACCUUGUCUGGAAAUAUGUGGGAAUGCAGUCGGAGCAUCUGUCCUCUAUAUUAUUGGCUUAAGAAUUUCAAAGGUAAUAAGGAAAGCACUAUGAUAUGUGCAGGACCUAAGCACAUCCAGGGCGAAAAGGUUAGCGAUGCUGUGGAAACAUACAGCAUCUGUUCUGAAGUCCAGGUGGUCAAUACAGAGAGGUCACACCUGAUGCCCCAAACUCCCCACAAGCCUCUGGUUAUCCCGAAACCUACCAUCUUCAAACCGGAUGCCAGCCAACCCACCCUGGAAACACCAAGCCCUUCCCCAGGGUUCCAGAUCCCUGGCACAGAGCAAGAGUAUGAGCAUGUUUCAUUUCACAAAAUUAUCGCAGGGAGUGUGGCUCUGUUUCUCUCGGUGGCCAUGAUCCUCUUGGUGAUCUAUGUGUCUUGGAAACGCUAUCCAGCCAGCAUGAAACAACUCCAACAACACUCUCUCAUGAAGAGGCGGCGGAAAAAGGCCAGAGAGUCUGAAAGACAAAUGAAUUCCCCUUUACAGGAGUAUUAUGUGGACUACAAGCCUACAAACUCUGAGACCAUGGAUAUAUCCGUCAAUGGAUCUGGGCCCUGCACAUAUACCAUCUCUGGCUCCAGGGAAUGUGAGGUAUGAACCAUGAUCCUCCUAAAAGCAUUUCUACUGCGGGGAAGGAGAGGUAAAUGUUUGAAGCUCUAGAGGUGUCUCUAAUCACUAGAAAGAUUAAUGACCCUUUUGCUUUGGGGUUUUGCUCAGUGUGAAAGGUUACUUAAUUAAAUUACAACCACCAGGAAAUUGACUGCUUUUUUUUUUUUUUAAUGGUUGAAACUUGAAGGAAGUUCAUUCAAGGAUGAGAUUAAGUUGGAAUAAAGCAUUAUGUUAAAACACCUGCUUUUUUUUUUUUUAAACAGUUUGUAUACAGGGGUUGGACUUAAACACACACACACACAUACACACACACACACAGAUGAAACUCUUUUCAUUCUGAAACUUAUGUCUGGUUCUUGGUAUUUGACUUUUGUCAUGGAGUAAAGAAGGAGGGACCAGCUUAAUUUAAAAACAAAGUAAGCUUACCAAAAUUUCAGGAGGUAACAAAGAAGAUUUAAACCAAAGAGCACUUUACCCAAGGGUUGAUUUUUGUUGUAAAUCUUCAGUUUUAAUUAAAGCAUGCAGCAGGGAUCUCAUAGCCCUGUCACUUGCCAUUUAGUUAUGAUACCAGCAUAGAGAAUGUCAGAGGCCUACUGUGUAAUUGUAUCAAGCUAUUAAGGAUCCUUCCUUCCUUCUUUCCUUCCUUCCUUCCUUCCUCCCUUCCUUCCUUCCAUCCCUUUUUAUUAUUAUUUUUUAAAUUACUGGGGACAUAGAUCACUUUUUGAAGUUGUUUUUUUUUGUUGUUGUUGUUGUUAAAGUGCUGACUAUUUGUGUGAAAUGAGAAUGAAACUUCAAUUCCAGUUUUGGCUCUGUCCUGGUAACUGAUAUCAGGAACAAUGUUGUGGAUGAUUUAGCAAUAACAUAAUGACAGGCAUAACAGGAACUGUUUGUCAGUUUUGCUGUCAUCCCCCCCCCCAAAAAAAAAAAAAAAAUGACAUGUGGUCUUGUUAAUCUUACCCAAAAUUAAGUGAUGCAAAUAUUUACAAAUAAAAGGAAUAAGGCUUGUUUUGGGUAUCUAUCCCUAUGUGUAGAAGCCUUGAACAAAGGUAUGCUUUUCAUGAUAUGCUAUUUUUGUAUACAGGAGAAUAAAUUCAGACCCAGUUUCGAUUAUUUAACUUUGAAAAUCAUUUAUAGGACUGUGUUAAUGAGUAUAAAAGUAGUCACAAGCUUUUUACUUGUCAAUAAAUGACACUGGAUGUAACUGUUCUUUUCUUGGUAAAACUGAUUAUAAUGUGCAAAGACUCUGACUUCCCAGGCCUUGUUGCUGGAAUAAACUAGUGAAGACAGGUUGUGCUCUGGCAAUAUGCUCUUUUAGUAUCUGAUUUUAGAUGAUUUCUUUUUCAAAAGAGUUUUACUAAGUAUUUAAAGACUUUGCCCUUUCUUAGUUAUAACAGUUGGAAAACAUGAUUUUCUCUUUGAUAAUAUAUAUCAAUUUUUCCAUGAUCUUAAAUACAAAUGCUAUUGAAAAUGUUUUCAGAGAGAGCACUGAAUUUGAAACAAUAUCCAACUCAGUACAAAAAUUUGGACUAUUGAACUGUUCUCCACAGAAUCUAUUUUCUCUUUUUUUGUGUGUAUCAUUGAAAAGAAGAAACGGAAUCUCAGAUAAUAAAUCCCUGAAAAAAAUCUGUAUAAGCAAUUGCCCUUAAAAAUAAAGAGAAUAAAAUAUUUCUAUAAAAGUCUAACAAGGCUUGAUGUUUUUCUUGCAGGCCCACAUUGAUAUAAUGCAAUGUGAAUCUAAGUAACACAAAGUUGUACUCUUUUAUUCUGGGUUCUCCUUGUAUUUUGUGUUCCUCUUAGAGGAUAGUAACAGAAAAAAGAAAAGGAAAAUCCAGGUCUAUUCAUUCGUUUACUCUUGACUUCUGGAAUAGAAUGGUAAUCUUUAUCUAGUGAAAUCACCAGAAGGAAAAAAGAUUCUUAAAAAAAUUAGGACCUAAAACAGGUGUCCUAAAAGUGUUCCAGCAUUUAAAUUACACAGGAUAUUCCUUUAAAAUUCUAGGCAUUACCAUGAUAGGAAAAGAAAAAAGAAAAACUCUGGUACUACUGUGUAUUGCAUAGCUGGAGUAUGAGGUUGUGAAAUUGCUCCAGCAUUGUUGAGAAUGAAGUGGUUAUUAAGGCAUUAAAGAAGUAAUAAUUCUAUUAACUAUUGUAAUGAUGCCAUUGAGUCAAAAAGUUUGGUCUGUGCCAGAUCAAACUCUCCAUGAAGUAAAAAGUGGAAAAUGGUAGGCUAUAUGUUUAACCCUAUUGCAUUCACUAGGGAAGGUACAGGAGUGCCAUCAAACUAUAUGUAGAUGAAUAUUAACUUGUUUUGAAACACAUAUAUAUUAAAGCAAGCAACACAGCCAAUUAUAUCCCUUUUUGACAGGGUGUUCAGUUAGAAGUGGAUAAAAAAAAUAAGGAAAAGCAAAUUCUAAGAAAUGGUUAUUACAAAAUCCCCAGUUUAUCCUGACUUCUUUGUCAACCCAACAAAAAUUUAUUCCUAUUGAGAAACAUCCCUGGAGAGAAAACUUUUCUACGAAAUGGAGUCAAGAAAGAGGAAUGGUUUUCCUAAGUUUAAAAUUAUUUUAGGAAGAGUAAAUGUAUGUUGAAUUUGAACUCAGCAUUGUUCAUAAAUUUCAAAUACCAAUAGCUUAGAAGCUGAAGAACAAUUAAUCUAUUUGUAAUACAAUUUUAUCAAGUAGUUUUUUUAAUUUAAAUGCCAAAUUCUACCCAGUAAAGCCAUAAAUAUUUUACUAGAAAUUGUAGCAACAAGUGUUAAUUUUCUAAGAUUGUGCCUUUAAGAAAAAAAUUGCAUUAAAUUGAAAAUUUCACUUUCUACUUAAUUUUAUAUUCAGUUAUGAUAGUGUAAAUAUAGUUAAAAUAUUCAUUUAUCUGUUUCUUUAAAAGUAGAGAGAGGUAUCAAAUUUCGUUAUUCAAAUGACAUCUAUAAGCAACUGCAUACGUAUAACAUGCGAUUUUCGAAUUAAUUAAUUGUAAUUAUUUAAAUCUUUGUAAGUUUUAAUUAUGAAAAGCCCACAUGCAUGUAUCAUACUAAUAAAUUGAGAAGAAAUCUUAUAAUAAUUUAGGCAGUAAAAUUUCUCAUAUCUAUAAAAGAGGAAUAGAGUAAGAUAGUUAUGAAUAAUUAAUAUGAUUAAUGGAACGAGUACAAGAGACACAUAUAUCUCAAUCAUCAUACUUUGAGUGGAUCAGUGUGCUUGGCUGAACUGAAUCAUUUAAUUUGUCCUCAGUAAGUAUUCAGAAAAGAAAACUGAAAGCUCAAAAGAUACCCCUUUGCUUAAAAACUUAGGUGGGUUAUUGAAAUUGGAGAAAAUUGAAAUAUUUACUUUUGGAAAUAGAUUAUGAACUUAUAAUUAUUAUUAUAUUUAUCUCAUUAAAAUGUUCAUAUAUCAUGAAGUUAUGACAAUCUGUACACCAAACUUUUCCUUAGACAUUGUGAAGAAUGAAAUUUUGACUACUUGAUUCUUCUAGGAUUUGUUUUAUCAACUGAUUAUAACAAUACAUUUAUAAAAUUAGCUAGUGUGAAUAGAGGACAAAAGAUGUUUCUAGGGUUUUUUUAUGUUUAAAAAAAGUACAAAUGGUGAAAUGUUAAAUGAAAGUAGACUCUAGACAUUCAAUAAUUGAAAUGUAAUAUUUUAUUUUUCCAUAAUACAGCAGCACUACUAUUUAAAAAAUGGCAGUAGAGGUGAUAAUUUAGGUAUAUAUUUUCCAAAUAUUUGACAUUUUGAUUUCAUUCUUCAAAGUAAGUAUGAUAAAAGAACAUAUUUGUUGACAGGUUUGAACUUCAGGUACUUCUUUCACUACUGCAGUGGGUGGUAGAGGCCAAUUUACACUUAUGUUUAUUGAAGGCAUUAAAGCAAGUUUAAAUUAUUGAUUUCAUCGUACUAUUGACUUUUUUGGACACUUUAGAAGUUGUCAUUUUACAGUGUCCUUAAUGGAUUCCCAAGGACUCUAAGGCAAGUUCUCUGUUAAAAGAGGAUUCUGAGUGAAGCAGAUCCAGUAUUGAAUUUAACUAAGAUUUUAUCAAUAACAUGCUACAGAAAAUGAACUUUAUUUUUGUGGCUGAAUACUGUAUCACAAUAGAAUGUUACAAUUGAAACUAUAUAUAUUCACAUAGGAUAUAUUUAUAUGUAUGCAGAUGUGUGAUUUAUAUGUGAGUUUGUGUUUAUAUGCACAUAUGUAAUUGGAGCAGGGGACACAAGAGGACAAAGAAAUAUUAAUAUUUUUUCAUUAGAAUUAAUGUCCACUUUGAACCUUUUGAAAAAUUAGUUUAAAAAAGAAUAUUGGGCUACAAAAUAACAUGACUUGUUAGUUAGGAUUAUACUUCUUAGGUUAAACAUUUUAUUAUCUUAAAUAGUACCUUUCAUCUUCAUAGUCCAAAGUUCUUUUUAAAAUAAUUUAUGGUAGUAAAUCUGUGUCAUAUUGUCAUUGUUGGUGUGACUUUGGGUUAGUUACUUAAUUUCUCUUUGACCCGUCACUCAAAUGAGUGUAUGUUGAAGACUAGCACUGUAUUUCCCAACCCAAAGCAAUCCUUAGAUUAGUAAAUCUUGUAAAAUUUCUAUAGUAAUUUUCAGGACUAAAAUAGCAACAUGAGAUAUUGAGGGAAAAUGAGCUAUUAUGUUAAUUUGUUGAUAAGAACAAAAAAAACUUCUUGAGUUAUUAAAAAUAGGUAUGUUCAGGUGAACAGUUGUGUACUGUAUCCAUGCUUUGGGGAAUAUGUAACACACAUACACAAAUGCAUGAGCACAUGUGCAUGUGCUCACAAAUACUUCUCUCUUAAAUUCUGCCAAGGAGCUAGUUGUUGGGAAAGCACUUAAAGCUAUAACUGCUUUUUAAAAAAUUGACUGUCAGAAUUUGAUCCAAUUAAAAUCUCUUUUUGAGUAGCAUUUUCAUUAAAAUUUGCAAAUGGUAAUGGUGAAGAAUGACAGCUGCCAAAAAGGUCUGACAUGGCUAAAUUAGGAAAGAUUUUUAUACUGACUGAAACUGGUUCAAUUAUUUUUUUCUAGAAUUAGCUGGAAUUUGCAUCUUGUGGGCAAAGUUUGAAUAAUUGGGCACUGUCUAAAGACUCCAAACUGUGAAGUCUGACUACCAUUUAAGGAAUAUAUGGCUUUGAAAAACAACCUCAUAAUCUCCACAUGAUUAUAGAACUUCAAUUUGUGAGACUUUUCUACACUCAAUACAAUCUGAUCAUUCUUAGUUCUUCCCAAGAAUUGCAUUUACAGACAGUUUUAAACUUUAGAAGUUGCUCAGUCAUAUUAUCAUUGGAACUUGGUGACUCAUCUGAGUUUUCAUCAGAGUUUAUCAUGAUUCACUAAAUCAAUGUGAAAGAGUGGCAACCUGUGUAUCACAAGACACUGGAAGUUUUGAAAAAUCAGUAGUCUUUUGAUCAGUGAAAAGCAUGAAGUACUGUUGAAUAUACUUUAAAAAUUAAAAUUGCUUUUUAUAGUACCAGAAGAGCCGUCAUUCAUGGAGUCAGUUUAAUAAAAAUCUCAAUAUUCUUAAAAGGGAAAAGAAAUUAUGGGGCUAUUUUUCUAAUGCACUUCAUAAGCCAUUAAAAUUUUAACUGUGAGUUGAGGAAAGUUGGGUAAAACACAAUAUUUGCUAUAGUAUCAAAACCACUGAUUUUUAAUGAAUGUCUGCUGACUACUGCUAGACAUGUACAAAGGCUAUGUAUUUAAACUCCUGCACCAGGGUUUAAAUAAUGCCAAAAGAAAUUAAUAUCUUGAUAAAUACAAGAUGAGUCCUUUCAAAAAAUAAAGUAUGUGACUUCAUCAACUAUAUUGUAAUAUUUAUAAAUACAAGAUUUGCAAGUGAAAUGAAAGCAAAGCCUUAUACACAUUACAAAAAGGUAGAAAAAAUGGGGAAAAUUUAAAAAUCUUCAGACAUAUCUUGUACAAAAAUUAUGAAGAAGCAUGACAUAUCAAAUCAAACAAUAAAAAAAUACAUAACUAAGGUUGUGGUAUUUAGAAAUAUUGUUUGCUCGUGAAAAUGAAUUAUCCUAAUAUCUUAAUGUUACAGGAAUGAUUCUGUUCAACACAAAUAUAAAAGUAACUAAAAUAUUAUUGCAUUUAAUGAAUGACAUACAAUUAAAUACCCAUAUAUCAUAUGUAAUUAUUUAUAAGAUGCUGAAAUAUAUAUUAUAUAAAAACACUAGAAUAACACACAUUUCACUUUUGAAUAAACCUAGUUCUAUACUAAUUUUUCCAGUUCAUAGGAUUUGUGUCCAAAGCCAACAUUCUGGGUAGAUACAAAAAAGGGGAAUUUAAAGUCAUAAAAAAACCCUUCUUGUUGCCUCUGUCAUUGCCUCAGUUCAGUCUUUUUCUGAAAUUUGGGAUCUCCUUACCACCAUCUCUUGGAAGGUGGAAUUUUCUGCUUUACCCCAGUUUUCCAAUUUUUACUGAAUUCUCAGACUUCAAAGAUAGGGGCAAAGACUUAUUCAUUAAAUCCAGCAAGAAAGAUCAUCUUAUUCCUUGCCUUAUAUAUUGAAAACACAUUAUUUUCCUAAUAAAAAUAAGUUACAGUACACAUUUUAGUCAAGUUUUAAAAUAAAAUUGUAAGUUCAAAAGAGAAGUUUCAGCUUCAAAACCUCUAGCACACAUGUAUAAUUUUCAUUUUUAUCUAAUCUGUUAAUUAUUGGAAUCUUCAAAUCUCAUGGAACUUAAAAAUGGAAAAGAUUUUUUUAUAUUGAAUAUUUAUUUUAACUGCCUACUUGUUUCACAGCCUACAAACUAAGUUGAAUAUUGAUAGGUUGAGAGAAGUUGUUCUUUCUUUAGGAUCUAGGAAAAGAAAAACUAUAUUUCAAAAUAGGAAUACAUAGAGUUAUGAAUUAAUUCUAUUCAGAAAAUUUUAUAGUAAAAGGAAAACCACAUGGACACUAAUUUUGGCAUAACAAAUGAUACAGAGAAGGAGAAAAGGUUUUGUUCUGAAAAGGUUAUAAUACUUACUUCAUCUGAACUCUAUAUUUUUACUUUAAAGGAUUAACAAUUGUUUAGCUACCUUCUUUUAAAAAUAAAUGUCAUUAUAUAAAGCAAUGAAAUUGCACAGAUAGUAUUAAAACAAACAAGCAGAAAUAGUCUUUGAGUAUAAGUUCAAUACUUUCUUUUUCAAUUUUUCCCUCCUCCUUCAAGUCACACUUACUGACUCAUUGGUUCUUUCUUCUACUCCUAGACAUCUACAUAAUUGAGGUGUUGAGAAUUACAUAAAGGUGAUUUUUUUUAUUUAUUGUAAUAAUUCAAUAAAUGUAUGAAAUACAUUUAUGUUCAAAUGAAUCCCUAACUAUAUCACUUGUUUAUUACAUCUUCAUUUUGAUCAUGAUGCAUCUCACUAUUGAAAUAUUUGAUAUUUAUAAAUUUAUAUUGACACCAAUAAUCAUCAAGUAUUUCUAAAAGACUAGAAAAAAUGAAAAAAAAAACCAAAUUAAUUAUAUCUAAGUUUUUUUGGUUACCUUAGAUGAAAAAUUGAUAUUCUCUUCUGUGUUUAUAGAUCUGUAAAAGUAAUAGCAGAGAGGUCAGCCUUGAAGCCCUUCAGGUUGAUGGUCUAACCACAACAUGGACUGAUACUGCAUUGGUCCAGUGGUUGGAUCAAGGGUGAAAGAGAGGUCUCAUAUUUGAAACUGACUCACUUUACUUCUCUAAUAUUGGACAAGUAAAUAUAUAUAUCUGACCUUUCUCUGAUAUAAUUUUUCUAUCUAUUGAACUGGGAUAAUAACUUUUCAAGUAACUUGCUGAAAUGAUUAAUGAGGUAUUAUUUGAAAAAACACUCUGAACUCCUUUCUAAAAGAGUCAGUGUAAAUAUAAAUGAUUAUUAACUAUAUGCCCAACUAUCUUCUAAAAAAUGCAAAAUUCAAUGUGGCUGUAUUAUUUUCAUUGUUAUUACUAGUUAUAUAGAUGCUUACAAUCCUCCCUGAUGUAGAAACAAGUAUUGUGGUUACAUUUUAACUGAGGUGAAUAAUAAACCUGAACUUUCAGUCCCUUGUCUGAGCUAUAAUUCAGUUUGGGUGUCGGACAGUAAUAUUUAAUAAUACCUCAAGAUUUGUAAAAUAUUCCCUUGGUUGAACAUUUUAUUCACCUUUCUCAGAAAGCAGCAUUAUAAUUCUUUUAUCGGUACUAACUCUGGAGAUGAAAUGGGUUAUAGAAACAACUUAUAAGUUCUCAGUCUCAUCAAAUAUUGCUCUUUCAGUUCAUUUUCUUAACAAGUGAAGGAAGUCUUAAUGCCUCAAGUGUUUAUGGAUCUCAAACAGUGAUUUUCAACAAUAUAUGGAACAACUCUUAUGGAUUAAAAAGUUAAUAACUAACUUCAAGAACUGAUAAUUCUGUAGCAUACACACACAGUCAUUCAUGGCUUAAAAACAGUGAUGUGUUCUGAGAAAUGCUUCUUAAUGGAGAUUUCUCAUUUCAUCAUUGUGUGAGCAUCAUAGAAUGCACUUAAAUAAACUAAGAUGGCUAAACUGUCACUGGGGAAUGUAAUCCAAUGGACCACCAUCAUGUACUCAGUACUGUGUCAACUGAGAUGUUGAUAUAUAGCAUACAGCUCUGUGUGUGUGUAUACACACACACACACAUAUAUAUAUAUAUAUAUUUAAUGCUUUGAUGUGUGUAAUAUUUAUAUUUGUUGAAUAUAAACUGAGUUCUUAAUUGUUGCAGAAACACGUAUUGCAUCAUUCUUAUUUUUGUGUCCUUUUAAGGUGAAAUACGUUUUUAAGUUUCCUCAUGGACCAUUUCCCAUAAUACCUUUGUGUGCUAUUAAAUAGAGAAGCAACAGUGGGAAAGAUCCUUAGCAAAUUCAAAAUCUAUACAAACAAAAAAAAUAAAAUAAGAAUCUUCUCUUUGCUAGAAAAGACAAGGGGUAUGCUUCGUGAUUGGAAAAGCAGAUUUAUUCCAGUAUGGGGAAUUCUGCUCGUUGAUAUGUCUAUUAUAAUUUGAUUUUCUGGAAUUGAGGAAAUAACCACAGGAUGGGUUCAGGGAUCCACAGCUCACUAUGAGAUGUACCUGAGCUAAAACUCCAGUCAUCACCUGACCUCCACAAGUUUUUACUCUGACCGGAGGAUCACAAUGAUGUUUUGGAUCAUCAGAUAUUAGUGUUAUUUCAAUAAUUGUCUAGAAAGCCACCAAAUACAAUCACUUCACAUUACUCAAUGCACAGUCAACUUGGAAAACUGCUUCAGAUCCCUUUGGGGAGGGCUUGGAGAAAUAGGAACACUAUAAUUUUGGAAAAGGUAGCAGAUCUUUUUUUCAAUGGGAUCUGGCCUCGGUUUCAUUCAAUGUGUUGUAUGUUUGUCAGUUGGCUAGUGUCUGGGAAUAGCUUGUGGAGUUGUGAUUCUCUCUUGGUGACUCAAGUUAGACUUUAGUUAAUUCAACGUGGAAUUCAUGUGCUUAUCCAGAGCAAGUAUGAAUUUAGUAGACUGCCCAUGCACUUCUUUUCUAGGGACAAUGUGAUCAUCUAGCCAGCAUCUUCUGUCUCAUGUGAACCAGGCUAUUCUUAUGGCUUUGACUUUGUUAUCAUCCUGGUAAGCAUGCCUGUCUUGUCUAUGGUGAUGAAGAGCUCAGCCAGGACUGUAAAAUCCUGGAUCCUAUUGUUUCCAUUACAUUUAAGGAUCUCAAAUUCAACUGUUCCCACUACAGUUUCUGAACUAUACAGAGCAACCACAGAAUUGAUAACCCUAAACUUUCUUUACGCAUUUUUUUUCUCCCUAUAUUGGGUCAUGGCCUUUGGUACUCUAAUCAGAACUUCCUUUCAUUUUAAUUUUUAUUUAAUUUUGAGAAACAUUGCUUAAACCAGGCAGGGCAGUGCACACCUAGAAUCCCAGUGACUUGGGAAUUUGAGACUGGAAGAUCCCAAGUUCAAGACCAGCCUCUUCAACCUGGCAAGACUCUGUGUCAAAGUAAAAUUAAAAUAGGACAGGACAGGACAGGAGAUGAAGCUCAGUGGUAGAACACCCCUGGGUUCAAUCCUCAGUACCAAAACAAACAAACAGUAGCAAAAUACUGCCUAGAUCCCAACUUUGUAACUUGUGACAGAUUGAAAACUUUAGAUAUAAAAUUUUAACCUUUUGCAAAUUACAAUUCCUUUUGCUCUCUGUCCACCCAUGAUGCUCUUUUUUCAAAUGACUGGAAAGUAAGAGAUGCUUCAGAAUCAGUUUCCAACAUGUUUUCCCUUCAAUUUUGGUAUUACAUCUUUUUCUUUUUAAUAAGUACACACAAGUGCACAUAUAUGAGUCUCCAGCAAAAAAUGAAGAUGCACAAAGAUCACUGGGAGAGAAAGUAAUUUUCAUUCUCUUUCUCAUUGAAUUUUUUCUGAAACUUUAUUGAAAAAGUUUUUAUUAUAUUUGGUAUAUAAUAAAUGGUGAUUUAUUAUAUACCAAAAUAUAUCAUUAUAUAAUACAAUGUUGUCAAACUCAUUUCCACCCUACUCAUAAAACAAUUAGAAAGACACAGUUUAUUCUGAAGUUUGAAUGCAUAUAAUUUUGUGGAUUGACUUGAUGUGUUUUAUUUUCCACUGCUUUCUAAUUAUAAAAUAAAUUAAUGCUUCCAUACAAAAUUUUGAAAUGUUGAACACCUGAAAUUAUUUAUAAAUGAACAAAAACUGUUACCAAAAAACUGUAAUAUGCAAAGAUACUAUUUUAGAUUUUCUCCUAUCAUAUGUACAGGUAUGUGAGUAUGGAAAUUAUACAAAAUUAUUUGGUAUUGGAAACUAUGUAAGUUUGUAAACUGUUUCUUUAAAAUUCACAUUUUGUGAUAAAUAGGAGUACUUAUUAAGUAUUUUUUUAAAUUUUAUCCCUACAAUGUGCCAUGUUUUACUUAAGCAUUUCUUUUUUUUGGUGGACAGUUAUGAUGCUCUGUUUCAUUGUCAUAAAUAUAUCUUAAAUGAAUUCAUGAAUAUACAUUCUUAGAAGAAGAAAAACUUGGCCAAAGGUAAUAAAAGUUAAUCAUAUUGCCAAACUUUUUAAAAAUGUGUACUUUUUUGUAUUACCCCAAGUUUUAAAAGUUUCCAUUUUUUAUCAUUUUAUAACAAAUUGACAGGUUAUUUAUUUAUUUAUUUGCAGUACUGAGAAUUAAAUCCAAGGUCUCAUGCAUGCUGGGCAUGUAUUCUACCACUGAGCUGUAUUCCCAGCUGGACAGAUUAGUUUUAGUGUUUAUUUUUUUAAUCUAAUCUAGUAGAGUCUUUUUUGAAAAAAUGAUUUGUGUUAUUGGAUUUUUUAUUUUGACGUAUACCAUAUUAACAGUUCUUGAGAUCCAAGAUCCAAAAUAAUAAAUUUAAUUAUAAUUUUUAAAAAUGCUUUUGUUUUUAAAAGAACUUCCCUGUCAUGGGUAUAGCAAACAUACAUUAUGCUUUGAUCAUUUCCUCUACAAUGAUUUACUUUACAUACUAUACAAAAGAAAGAACUACCUUGUUUUUCGCACCUAAUAAUUAUAAUUUUUCAAGGAUGUUUUAUAUGACAGUAAUAUAAAAUUUUCAUACAUCCAAAUCAUAUUUGUACUUUCAGUAUUUCCCAUGGGAUUCACUUUCUAUCAUUUUGUCAUUCAUGUGUCCUUAAACAACAUUAAAAUUUUACAAUAUGUUUUAAUUUUUAUAAUAGUUGUCCUUGAUUCAACCAGCAAAUUAUACAUGUUUUUAACUAUAUUGGUUUAUCUUCUGUAUUUUAUUUGAGGUAAAAUUUUGUAUCUCUUUUUUCUCCCAUGAA